UACUGGUCUACAGCAUCAUUUCUCAACUGAGCGCCAAUGAGACUCCCUUGAGGCUCCCAGGAUAUUCCAAGGAGAUCACAGGACACUACUCUCCCUCUCUGCAUAAUGUGCUCACAGACCUGCUCCCGCAUCCUGGGCCUGAGCCUUGGGACAACAUCUCUGUUGGCUGCUGGGGCCAACACGGUUCUGCUCUUUCCUAGCUGGGAUGUGACCUACCUGUUGAGGGGCCUCAUUGGCAGGCAUGCCAUGCUAGGCUCUGGCCUCUGGGGAGGAGGUCUCAUGGUGCUCACUGCUGCUAGCCUCAUCUCCCUGAUGGGCUGGAGGUGUUGUUGCUUCAGAAGGAAUGGACCCUGCCGAAAUAUACUUACUGCUCUGUUGGCAAGUGGUCUGGCUUUGCUUGGGGCCUUGAUUUGCUUUAUCAUUUGUGGAGUAGCCCUGAAGGAAGGUCCUUUCUGCAUGUUUGAUGCCUCCUUCUUCAAUCAGACACACACUUGGAAAUAUGGUUACCCAUUUAAAGACUUGCAUAACAGGAAUUACUUAUACGACCAUUCCCUCUGGACCUCUGUCUGCCUGGAGCCUUCUAAAGCGGUGGUUUGGCACGUGUCCUUCUUUUCCUCUCUCCUGUGCAUCACCUUCGUCCAGAUGAUUCUGGUAAUCAUUCAUUUCAUGAACAGCUUCUUGGGUCUUUUCUUCAGUCUCUGUGAGAAGUCAUAAGGAGUGCCUCUCUAAACAUGAGAUGUUCACCAUGACCUGCCUUGAAUCUUUCCUGCACAAGCAGUGGGUAUGAAUUUUAAACAAACAUCUCUUUUAGAUACUCGUGUAAUAGGAACAAUGUGUAAUAGCUUGCAUGUAUGCUGAAUGAUAGAAUGCAUUUCAAAUUACAUUGUGUACUGCAGUGUGAUAUAUUGUUCAAAGAAAUAAUACGGCCAUUAUUUCUGGGAAGGAAGGUAUUGUCCAUACAAAGUCCUCCAUUCCUGAUCUCAUUGUAACCUCUCCAACCACCCAGCAAAUAUAUCAUGUGUUAUAAAAUAAUAGGGGCUCUCAGAGUAUAAUUGUGGACUUGCUGCCCACAAGCUCUCAACUAGGUCAAGGUCAAGUUUGUUCCUGCAUUUCCAUCUUUAAAUCCAAGUCCACCUUACUGUAUUGUGGGCUUCCUAAAUUUACAAGUUGAUGCCUUAAAACUCCAGUUUGACUUUCUUUGGAAAUAGGAUCCUCAUGAAGCUAACUAGAGAUAAAUGGGGCCAUUGGGGUGAAAUCCUAAUCCAGCAGAAGCAGGCCUCAUUAUGAGAGAAUAAUAUACCAGCUCUCUCUCUGCACCCACACACAGUAGAAAAGACCAUGUGAGCACACAGCAAGAAGGUGGACAUUUGCAAGCAAACAGGAGGCUUGGGGAAAUCAACUUUGUUAAAUUUUUAGGAUUUCUGCCCUCCGGAAAAUAAAAUUGUGUUGUUAGGUCAUAUAGUCCAUGGUAUUUUGUUACAGCAGACUGGAAUGACUAAUCUACCAGUAUGUUCUUUUCAUCUGUGUCCAACAUGCAAAGAGUACACCAAGCAUGGUCCUACAUAGCCCUUGGGAUAUACAUAUCCCAAGUUCAUGACAAUGGUAAUGAUACCCAGCCCCUGUCCUUGGCCCCUACCUUGUCCUCAGUAACUACGUCAGGUUCUGGAAACGAAUUCAUCUGUUCCGGUCCAGGUUAGGAGCCAACAUAGGGGCAGAAUGAAUGUAGGAAAAGAGAGCCUCCAGGAGGGCGCUGUGAAAAAGGAAGAAGGCUUCACUUGGGUUUGAGUUGGUGCUUGGCUAAUCAGCCCAAGAAAAGUGGAAGAAGGCUUUCUCCAGCAGUGACAGAAGGAUUUCAAAGAUAUGGAGUGGGCAUUUGUGGGAUAUAAAAUAAUAUAGUGUGAAACUAACAGCCUGGGGAUUGGUCCAUGGCUCAAAGCCUGCCUCAAGUGCUGGAGGACAGGACAGCUGGGAUACAGAAGUGACCAUUAUGACAGUUAUGUUUGAAGGGAUUGCUCUGGAUGGGCAGUGUGUACUGAGAGAUCAAAUACGAUGGCCUCUCCAUAUCUGUAUUACAAACCAUAAUGUCCCAAAGUAAAGAGAGUAAGAAAAAUGCCUGCCACAGAGACAA